AAUCUUUUUGUUAUUCAUAGGAAGAAAAAAAAAAAACUAAUUUGGGGUAGAAGUAUCCUGCAAAGAGAAAUACAAAUACUGUAAAUGGAAAACCCGACCCAUACUUUCUGAUUAUCAUCUUCAUUAUUUCUUGAUUUCUUCUUUCUAUCUAUCCAUGGCGGCGAUUAACCUCUCACCACCACCAAAACCCACCACCUCUUUAUCUUCCUCUCAUACUUACACUCACACCCCUCCAAAAACCUUAUCUUUCCACUUCACACCCCCUUUCAAAAACCUUUCCUUUUUCUCCUCUCUGUCUCUUAAACCCAAAACCCGUCGUCAAAGAAGUCAUCUCCUUGUUGUUUACUCUGUCGGGAAGCUGUCAGAGACAGAACUGGUCCCUGUUACCUCGGAAUCCGAUGAUGCCGUGUUUCCAUCUGUUGCUGGUGUGUAUGCAGUUUAUGAUAAAAAUGGUGAGUUGCAGUUUGUUGGGUUGUCAAGAAACAUCCAAUCGAGUGUCGUAUUUCAUCGAAAAUCGGUUCCUGACCUUUGUGCUUCUAUAAAGGUGGGAGUGGUGGAUAAUCCCGAUAGAACAACACUAACCGAAGCAUGGAAAUCUUGGAUGGAAGAACACAUAGAUGUCACAGGAAAAGUACCCCCAGGCAAUGAAAAAGGGAACACUACAUGGGUCCGGCAAGUACCUAAGCAAAAGGCCGAUCUAAGAAUAAAACCAGGGCGAAACACACAACUAACAGUUCCUCUAGAGGAGUUAAUUGACCGUAUGGUAAAAGAAAACAAGGUGGUGGCUUUCAUCAAGGGAUCAAGAACGGCGCCACAAUGUGGAUUCUCACAAAGGGUUGUUGGUAUUUUGGAAUCAGAAGGUGUGGAUUAUGAGAGUGUAGAUGUGUUGGAUGAAGAACAUAAUAGUGGAUUGAGAGAGACCCUCAAGAGCUAUAGCAAUUGGCCUACUUUCCCACAAGUUUUUGUGAAUGGUGAGUUGGUUGGAGGGUGCGAUAUAUUGUCUUCUAUGCAUGAAAAAGGUGAGCUUGCUGGUCUGUUUAAGAAAUGAACAGCAACCAGGUCAUGUAUUAUUUCUUGUAGUACAUUUUUAUGAGUCAGUGCAGAUGGUCCUAUUUAUAUCUUCUCAAACUUCAUAUUAAUUUAAAAUAUAUGCUAUACAUUUUAAUUAAUAA